GUCCUGUCGAGUGAAGACCAGCGCCGCUAUCGCCUCUACUACCGGUUCCGGAUAGGCCACCGGAGCGCCGUAUAGCUCACUCCAAACUCGUCCAAUUCGGAGUCAGUGAUGUCUAAAAACGGCCUAAAAAUUUAUUUUAAUUUGCAUACUUUCAGGGGCAUGGAAGGGAGGCCUACAACUUCAUCUCCAUAACGCUGGCUCUUAGGGCUUUCGGUAGCACGCGAAGCUAGGCCGGUGUCCACGUGAACCGGCCUAUUGUGACAUCGUGCAAACGAAUAAUCACGUCAAAACAAAUAAACGUUAUGCAUCACGGCAGCAACCGGUUUGAUCAGCUUUGACAGUGAAACACGCCGCCGUGGGCUCGUUUUGGGCUAACGUUUGUUUUGGUCUCUAAACGCACCACACACUCCAUCACCAGUUACCGGUUUUGAUCGGCUCCACACUAUCCUCCGGGAAGAAUUGGGCGAAAAUAAAAAAUAUUCAAGUAUGGGUGAAACUAACCACCCCAGACGAGAGAAAGCUUUCGUCGAUCGUGGAACAGAGCACGAUAAGCAAAUGACGGGGACGUCUGAGCUAUCUACCCAUCUAGCAGAACCAUUCCUCUCCGGCAGGUCACACGGGACAACACACAAACGGCUAAGAAACCAGUCGGAAAGAAGAAGAUCACCAGAUCCAUCAAUCCCCGGGGUUCGGCUCACAAGGGUGUGGCGCUGGUAAAGGUUUUAUCUGUUGCGCCCCGUGAAGUCAACUAAUAUCUUGCCAGGAAACGGCUGCCCAGAAUUUGGGUCAACCUAAAGUGUAUAAAGUCGCGGGCUGGGGCAAUGUUGUGUUUUAGUUUCUUUAGGCACUCCGGAACCAGUGCCCGGAUCGGUCUUUACUUUCGGCGAUGGCUGUCAGAUGGUGCGUACGGUUAGCCCUGCCCGUGGCAGUGGUGCUCCUGCUGCUGGCCGGAGAUCCAGUCAGUGCCGAUCGGUUUCAGGACAACAUCUUCUUCAACUACUACAACUCGUCCGGCAGCCUGGUGCACAUUUACAAUCUGGCCGAGAACAACACGUACGAGUACGAUAAAGAGUGCCACCCGGGGGCAAAGUUUGCCGUGGUCGUGUUCGGGUGGAAGAUUGACUGUGAAAAGUACUUCGUGCAGGAUCUCAUUCGAAAUCUAACCAAAUACCGUGGCGGUUGUGUGAUGUGCAUGAACUACGAUCGUUUUGCUCAGCUGCCAACGUACACGCGGCUUCGCCGUAACUUCAAAGACAUCUACGGCGUGCUGCGCCAGAAGUUGGAAUUUCUGGAGAAGGAAGGUUUCGACCCGAACGAUGGAUAUCUGUACGGGUUCAGCUUCGGAGCUCAGAUGGUACUGGCUGCCGCUAAGGAGUUCGGCACUCGCAAACUGAAGGAUAUUGAUGUCUGUGACAUCGUCGGUACCGGGUUUGACGUGUCGGACGUUAAUGCGCCGAACCACCGGACGGCUGCCAAAAAUGUGCAGUGCAUUCACACCAGCCGGAACUACGGUACACGGCACCGGACCAGCUGCCACCAGGAUUGGAUUAUGGGCGAUUGUGGGAUCAAUCAGCUGGCGGCUCCCCUAUCCCCGUGGGGCUCGCACGGUGUCUGCACACUGCUCUACAAUAGUGCGUUCGAGCAUGAUUUCCUGGCCGGUGCAAAACCCUCCAACUGUACCGGCGAGUCCGAGGUAAAGUCGUGGCCCGAAGGCUUCAAGAUGGGCUACAACGAGCAACGGAAGGCCACCGUGCGGGGUCAACUGUUUUCGCCCACGUUCGACACAUUCCCGUUCAACGUCAAUGUGACGGCUAGCGCGAAUACGACGACAACGACAGCAACGCCUCCCGCCGGUGCGAACGAUGUCGAACCGUUUCCCGGGUUCGAGUUCCGUUCAGCCGCGAACGAAUUGCUGCUAGAGGACGACGAUACGGACGAUGCGGACACAGAUGGGCAGGAAUUCGGUGCGCAAACCGUUUAACGAACCGAAAAACUAAUGCAUUCCACGAUUUGUCGCAAGUACCGCAAGCAUCAUUUGGAGACAGAGCCGAAACGGUGCGCCUGCUGUGUGACUGCAGGGGCUGUGGUGAGCGAUGGGGCGGGAUAAUUUGAGGUGUUUCCAUUAGGAAGCGCCCUCCCGGUGCGGUAGUUUGGGUGUUCAUUGAUUUGCUGUGCUUCAAAUUGUUCGCUGAUUCUCCUUCUAGACCGCAACUACCGGAAGUUAACUUUUUUUUGUUGAAGUUAUCGAACAUUAGGAAGAGUGAGUU